UUCACAGUAUGCAGUAUGUGUAGUAAAUAAACAGAAUUUAAGAAAGGAUGAUUGUAAAAAAGAAUUUGAACAAUUCAAAGCUUGUCUUCUAAAGGCAGCAGCUCAAAAUAAAAUAAAAUUGUAAAACUUAUACUAUAAAGUCAGUCAAAAUGACAAAACAGCUUACUUCUAAUAUCAAGAUUACUGCUAAGACAGCUAUGAAGAAGAAGUCAAUAGUACUAAAUAAUGUGGUUCCUAUAUGGAUGCACUGUGUAAUUGCUUUUGGAAUAAGACUUGUAUUUAUAACAUAUGCAAAUUAUCAUGAUAAAUAUUUCAAAGUACCAUAUACUGAUGUAGACUAUAAAGUGUAUACAGAUGCUGCAAGAUACAUUAUCAAAAAGGGAUCGCCAUAUGAUCGUCAUACUUAUCGUUAUACUCCAUUGUUAGCUCUACUUAUGGCUCCUAAUGUUCAUAUACACCCAGACUUUGGUAAAGUGUUUUUUUCCAUUGUUGAUAUAUUAGUGGCCAAGUUGAUGAAAAAAAUUUUGAUUUUUCAAAAUUUCAAGCAACAAACUGCAAAUCUCUGUGCACUACUCUGGCUGUACAACCCAUUGGCUAUUGUUAUAUCAACAAGAGGAAAUGCAGACUCUUUGGCAGUGUAUUUAGUUCUGUGGACUCUGUAUUUACUGCAAAAUGAUCAAUACAUCAUGGCAGGCAUAGUUCAUGGCUUAUCUAUACAUUUUAGACUUUAUCCUUUGGCUUUUAGUUUAGCCAUGUAUCUUUACUUGCGAGAAGAUAACAUUUUUAUACCAAAUGUAAAACAAUUGAAACUAGUUAUAUCAUGUAUUCUAACACUAUUUGAUUUGACUGCUUUAUUCUAUGUAUUUUAUGGGCAUAAAUUUUUGAAUGAGAGUCUCAUUUAUCAUCUAAUUAGGAAAGAUGUGAGACAUAACUUUUCUGUAUUUUUCUACAUGUUAUAUCUUUCAGCUAAUGAAGAACCAAGCAUAGUGCAAAAAAUUUUUACUUUUUUACCACAAGUUGCUAUACUUGUAGCUUUGGCAUUUCGCUAUUCCACAAAAGAAAAAUUACCAUUUGCCAUGUUUACUCAAGCCAUAACAAUGGUCACUUUCAACCCUGUUAUGACAUCUCAAUAUUUCUUUUGGUUCCUUUCUUUACUUCCAAUUUGCUUACCUUAUUUUAAAAUGAGCAUUACCAGGACUAUUUUACUGUUAGCUGCUUGGAUACUUAGCCAAAGCUUGUGGUUGUUUGCAGCAUACUUAUUAGAAUUCAAAGGUCUGGACUCUUUCGACUAUAUUUGGGGUGCCGGUAUUGUCUUCUUUGCCGUUAAUAUUAAGGUACUUGUAGAUUUAAUUGAUUGUUACAAAGCAUGAAUUAUUAUCAAAAAUUAGAUGUAAUGAAAAUCAAGUUUUUAUUUCUGUAAAUUUUGUCUUGUACUUGGUAAAAGCAAUAAAGUUUGUAGAAGAGAAAUUUGAUUGUUUAAUAAAGUCUUGUAAUGUGACCACUUUAAU